GCUUAAUAUAACCUUCCACCAUUCACCUACAUAAACCCCUCUUCCCAAUAUAGGGUUUUAGUCGAAUCCUUCAAAAACCAGAGGGAGUGAAGCCAAACAUAAGAAGGUUGUACGAUGGCGUUUCUUACUAAAUUGGGAAAUAUGUUACGGCAGACUGCUAACAGGCAGAUCACUUCUGAGAUCUCUGCAUCAAGACCAUCCAUCUAUCAAGCAUUAAGAUGCAUGUCAUCCUCAAAAAUUUUCAUUGGAGGUAUUUCUUUCCAGACAGAUGACAACGGUCUGAAAGAGGCCUUUGAUAAAUAUGGCAAUGUUGUUGAAGCAAGAAUCAUUAUGGAUCGUGAUACUGGCAGGUCCAGAGGAUUUGGAUUCGUUACUUACACCUCCAGUGAGGAGGCCUCUAGUGCCAUCCAGGCUAUGGAUGGACAGGAUCUUCAUGGUCGCCGCGUUAGGGUGAAUUAUGCAACUGAAAGGCCUCAGCGUACCUUUAACAAUAAUUAUGGCAACUAUGGCGGUGGAGGAUACGGCGGCGGUGGAGGAUACAGCGGCAGUGGAGGAUAUGGAGGCGGUGGAGGAUACGGCACUGGUGGAGGAUAUGGCUCUAAUUAUGCUGGUCAAAACACUUAUGACGGUGGUGCUGGGAAUUAUGGUGCUGCUGCUGGCGGUGGCAGCAACGAUGGCUUUACCAACACCAGUGUUGAUGGUGGAUAUGAUGGAAAUGCUGGAUUGGGUUAUGGCGGUGGCAAUCAGUUUGGUGCCAAUGAGAGUAGUGGUGAUGGUUUGAACCUAGAUGAUGCAUUGGACAAAAAAUCGAAGGAAGAUGAUGAUGCUGGCGAUUUUGCCAAAAGGGUAUGACAUAAUGCUGUUUCUGGAAGAAGCUGUUGAAGUUGCUUAUUAAAGAUCGUAGCUCUUCAACUUCAAAUGCAUUUCGGGGGGAGCUGGACUUCUGAUUGCUAUCUGCAAUUUCAAGGAGAAACUUCCUGCCAAUCGCAGCCGAUGUAUCUUCUUGAACUUUCCAGCACCCUUCGACACGCCUCUUCUGUUAGCGUAGAGCUUUUAGGUCUAGAUUGGCUUGGUAUUUGUGAUGUUUCUUCACUGUUUCUGUUCCGCAUUGCAUUUACUUGCUUCUCUCGGUAAAAUAUUAAAAUAAAUCGCCUUUACUUUUCACUC